AUGGAGGAGAUGGCGGAGAAGACCCCGCAGAAGCCCUCCAAGCACCCUGACAGCAAGGCUAAGGGCGGCACCCCGAGGCGCAAACGAGGCAAAUGCACCCCUUCCGUGAAGCGACAGCUGGACUUUGACACCCCCAGCACCACGAAGAAGCCCAAAAAGGCGAAGCGGGAGCCUCCGGCCACACCAUGUGAGAGUGCGAAAAAUGAUGAUUUGUCGGAAGUCGACAGUGAUGAUGAUGAUGACGAUGACCUCUUCAAGGGCAAGUUUGGUAGAGUGGCUCCACACAAAGCCACCAAAGCCAAAAAGGCCAAGGCGGAGCAGGCGGAGGAGGAGAAGGGCGAGAGUGGCGACGAGGGCGACACCCCGCUCGUCAAGGAGCACAGCAAGGAGAAGCCUGAUGAUGAUGAGAAGCUCGACAAGGAGCCCGAGGAGCAGACCGUCCCUCCCAUCGAUGAUUUGCUUUUGGCUUUGCUCCCUGCCAGCCAGUCUAAGCUUCUCGGUUUCAUUCAUUCGAAACUGACAGUUGCAGCCAGCAAGAAGCUAAGCAUUGAGGUUCCUUUCGAUGGGUCAGAACUAAGGUGCGAUGUUGCCCACUUCGCUGCGAUCCUGCAGUCCGAGGACAUUUUGACCCUGGACGAUGCUGUGGAUGCCCUCAGCGACUUGACAGGCGACUGGACACGGCAGCUCGGCGAAACCGCUCGUCUGGCUGCAGACUCCCUGACGUUGAAGGGCAAACGAGCCCUGAUGCAGUGGACGGAACUGCAGCUCAUGGACUUGAGCACGAUGUGGCGAGGUUUUGGCAUGAAGAGCCCCAGGCUGCCGACAGAGAACUAUGUGGUCACUGGGCCAAUUCUCAAACUCUGGGAAGGGAGUAGAAUAGGCGAGUGGGAGUUUCCACAGAGUCUGCCGACAGAGAACAUUAUAUGUCAUUGGGCAAGUUCUGAAAUCCGGCAAAAGAGCAAAAUAAGCGAGUGCGAGAUUUCUCAGAGUUUGCCGACAGAGGGCAAUGUUGCCAUUGGGCGAGUUCUCAGACUUUGUGAAGAGAGCACAAACUGUCAAUGGGAGUUUUCGACAGAGGGCAAUGUGGUCAUUGGGGGAGUUCUCAGAAUCUGGGAAGAGAGCAGAAUCGGCGACUGGGAGUUUUCUCAGAGACUGCCGACAGACACUCAUGUGGUCAUUGGGCGAAUUCUCAGACUCUGCGAAGACAGCAGAAUCGGCGAUUGGGAGUUUUCUCAGAGUCUGGCGACAGCGGGCAAUGUUGUCAUUGGGCGAGUUCUCAGACUCUGGGAAGAGAGCACAAUCGGCGACUGGGAGUUUUCUCAGAGUCUGCCGACAGAGAACUAUGUGGCCAUUGUGCGAGUUCUCAGACUCUGGGAAGAGACCAAAAUGGGUGAAUGGGAGUUUUCUCAGCUGGCAGAGAACUAUGUGGUCAUUGGGCGAGUUCUCAGACUCUGCGAAGAGAGCAGAAUCGGCGACUGGGAGAUUUCUCAGAGGCUGCCGACAGACACUCAUGUGGUCAUUGGGCGAAUUCUCAGACUCUGCGAAGAGAGUAGAAUCGGCGAAUGGGAGCUUUCUCAGAGUCUGCCGACAGAGAGCUAUGUGGUCAUGGGGCGAGUUCUCAGGCUCUGGGAAGAUCGAGAGCACAAUCGGCGACUGGGAGUUUGCUCAGAGUCUGCCGACAGAGAACUAUAUGGUCAUUGGGCGAGUUCUCAAACUCUGCGAAGAAAGCAGAAAAAGGGUGACUGGGAGUUUUCCCAGAAUCUGCCGACAGAGGACUAUGUGGUCAUUGGGCGAGUUCUCAGACUAUGGGAAGAGAGCAGAAUCGGCGACUGGGAGAUUUCUCAGUGGCUGCCGACAGACACUCAUGUGGUCAUUGGAAUCGGCGACUGGGAGUUUUCUCAGAGUCUGGCGACAGAGAACUAUGUGGUCAUUGGGCGAGUUCUCAGACUCUGCGAAGAGAGCAGAAUCGGCGACUGGGAGAUUUCUCAGAGGCUGCCGACAGAGGGCAAUGUUGUCAUUGGGGGAGUUGUCAGACUCUGGGAAGAGAGCACAAUCGGCGACUGGGAGUUUUCUCAGAGUCUGGCGACAGAGAACUGUGUGGUCAUUGGGCGAGUUCUCAGACUCUGGGAAGAGAGCACAAUCGGCGACUGGGAGUUUUCUCAGAGUCUGCCGAGAAAGAACUAUGUGGUCAUUGGGCCAAUUCUCAAACUCUGGGAAGAGAGCACAAUCGGCGACUGGGAGUUUGCUCAGAGUCUGCCGACAGAGAACUAUAUGGUCAUUGGGCGAGUUCUCAAACUCUGGGAAGAGAGCAGAAAAUGGGUGACUGGGAGUUUUCCCAGAAUCUGCCGACAGAGGGCAAUGUUGCUAUUGGGGGAGUUCUCAGACUCUGUGAAGACAGCAGAAUCGGCGAAUGGGAGCUUUCUCAGAGUCUGCCGACAGAGGGCAAUGCUGUCAUUGGGGGAGUUCUCAGACUCUGGGAAGAGAGCACAAUCGGCGACUGGGAGUUUUCUCAGAGUCUGCCGACAGAGAACAAUGUGGUCAUUGGGCGAGUUCUCAGAUUCUCAGACUCUGGGAAGAGAGCACAAUCGGCGACUGGGCGAUUUCUCAGAGGCUGCCGGCAGCAAUGUUGUCAUUAGAAGAAAUCUCAGACUCUGGGAAGAGAGCACAAUCGGCGACUGGGAGUUUUCUGAGAGUCUGGCGGCAGACACUCAUGUGGUCAUUGGGCGAAUUCUCAGACUCUGCGAAGACAGCAGAAUCGGCGACUGGGAGUUUUCUCAGAGUCUGCCGACAGAGAACUAUGUGGUCAUUGGGCGAGUUCUCAGACUCUGGGAAGAGAGCAGAAUCGGCGAAUCGGAGUUUUCUCAGAGUCUGGCGACAGAGAACUGUGUGGUCAUUGGGCGAGUUCUCAGACUCUGGGAAGAGAGCACAAUCGGCGACUGGGAGUAUUCUCAGAGUCUGCCAACAGAGAACGAUGUGGUCAUUGGGCGAAUUCUCAGACUCUGCGAAGAGAGUAGAAUCGGCGAAUGGGAGUUUUCUCAGAGUCUGCCGACAGAGGGCAAUGCUGUCAUUGGGCGAGUUCUCAGGCUCUGGGAAGAGAGCACAAUCGGCGACUGGGAGUUUGCUCAGAGUCUGCCGACAGAGGACUAUGUGGUCAUUGGGCGAAUUCUCAGACUCUGCGAAGAGAGCCGAAUCGGCGAAUGGAAGUUCGGAGUUGUCUCAGAGUCUGCCGACAGCGAACUAUGUGUUUUCUCAGAGUUGGCGACAGAGAACUGUGUGGUCAUUGGGCGAGUUCUCAGACUCUGGGAAGAGAGCAGAAUCGGCGAAUCGGAGUUUUCUCAGAGUCUGGCGACAGAGAACUGUGUGGUCAUUGGGCGAGUUCUCAGACUCUGGGAAGAGAGCAGAAUCGGCGAAUCGGAGUUUUCUCAGAGUCUGGCGACAGAGAACUGUGUGGUCAUUGGGCGAGUUCUCAGACUCUGGGAAGAGAGCACAAUCGGCGACUGGGAGUAUUCUCAGAGUCUGCCAACAGAGAACGAUGUGGUCAUUGGGCGAAUUCUCAGACUCUGCGAAGAGAGUAGAAUCGGCGAAUGGGAGUUUUCUCAGAGUCUGCCGACAGAGGGCAAUGCUGUCAUUGGGCGAGUUCUCAGGCUCUGGGAAGAGAGCACAAUCGGCGACUGGGAGUUUGCUCAGAGUCUGCCAACAGAGGACUAUGUUGUCUUUGGGAAUGGCACUGGCUUGUGCCAGGAGUAUACUGGCUCGAACCAGGCUGGGGCGGCGGCCGAUGUGCAAUUGACCGUGCUGGAUGGUUGGACCGGUGUGCGAGUGCCGCUGUGCGUGCUGGAUGGGCGGGCGGCCUUAACCGUGCUGGAUGGCUUAACCGUGCUGGAUGGAUACCGGCUCGAAGACCCAGAGGAGAAGCAGCUCUUCCUCAGCCGCUUCCUGCUUAAGAUCGAGAUCUUGGACCGCAAGAUCCGACAGGGCGAGACGGCAGAGUCUGAUGCUCUAGCUUUGUUGCCUGGCCCGGACUGGGAGGCUUGGACUUUCGUUGCCGUGGUUGCAGCAAACCGUGCAGAUGCUACGGCUGCUGGACUAGUGCUCCGGCCCGUGGUGUUCCCGCCGGCUGCACAGAUGGUCCCCGACUCUCCAAACAGGGAUGACGCUGAAGCUUCCAGUCCGCCUGAGACGGAGACGGAGAAAAAAGCGGUGGUGCUUUCAAGCUACACCCCGGCCACCACGCUCUUCCUGCAGACCAAAGGUAAACGUGCAGGUGUGCUUUGUGUUCACCGUGCUACUUGGAUCAAAGUGGAAGGCACAAGUGUGGAAGGCUACGAGCAUUUGUUCCGCAUCGCGGAGGUGUGGCCUUUGCUGUCCCGCAAACAGCAGUUCACAAACUGGUUCACGAAGAAAGAGACGAUGAUGGCCAGGCUUUCUCGGAAGUGGUCCGUUGACUGCGACCUCCACAUCCCCAGAAAGUUGGGGUACAAAGGUAAGCAGCUCUCAGCAGGUGCAGGGAAGCUGCGGCUGUCUUUCGAUGGGGUUGCCUCAGCUCUCCAGGUCAAGGGCUGCAAGAAGACUUUGAAGGACGGCUGCCUAUCCGGCUUCGAUCUUCUGAUCAGCACUUUGCGAUGUCUUGCUUUCGACUUGGAUUUGGCGGCAUGGGAGAGAUGCUUGAAAUUCCUCGGCAUCCAAUCUAGGAGCUUGCAGAUGGCCUGGCCGGCAAAAUGGUUGAUGACAGCCGCCGUGCUCCAUUCGUUGGAGCUGCUGGACAUUGAGCUGAAGCCGGGCAAAGUUGGGUACCCAAGUGCCGACCCGAAAGAAGGCAUUCAGCGACGGUAUCAUGAUGGCAAGCCCUAUAUGUAUGAUGUGAACAAGGGCGAUGGUGUAUGGCUGAGCCUGGAUGAUGAUGAUAGAGUCCGCAUCAUUUUGAACCCUGAUGAAGGGUCGGCGCUUUUCGCCGGUUUUCAGUUCCUGGCGAAUCUGCAGUUGCCUGUGGCUUUCCGACGGGACGAACUGCACCUGGGUCGCCGUAGUCAGUGUCCAACCAUGAUGGGUGAAGACUGUGCAAGAAUGAUCGUGAAGAUGGGGUGUAGUUGGGCUCGGAAGUUGGCAUUCCACUUGCAGGCACAAGCUGAGCACUCACUUUCGUCGAGUGUUCAAUGCCUCUGCUGGUCUGAAGCGAGCCUGGGAUGCCAUUUAUUUGACAGACAGGGCUUGGGUAGUGAAUACGAGGAGUUGCUUUUUGAUCCUAGGGUAUGUGCAUAA